AUGAUUCCCCAAAAUGCUUUGGGCCAGCUUGUAUGCGGCGGGUUCCAAGGAACAACCGUCACAUCCCAAGCAUACCAGCUCAUAGUGAAAUACAAAGUAUCUACAAUGAUACUUCUGAGGAAGAAUGCUCAGCUGGUGGAACAGAUGUCCAAGCUCAUUCGGGACUUGCAAUACAUUGCUUACAAAGACGCUGGCUAUAAAUAUCCUUUGCUAUUUUCUGUAGAUAUGGAGGGAGGCAUGCUCAAUUCAUUGUUCGACUCGCAGAAUUUGACUCAGUUUCCUGGUGCUAUGGCAUUGGCUGCAACUGGCGACACUCAAUUAGCAUAUGAAGUGUCGAAAGCAUUGGCAACAGAGCUACGUCACAUCGGGUUCACAAUCAUUUUGGGACCCGUGCUUGAUGUCAUCACAAAGCUAUCGCAUCAACUAGUGCUGGUGCGCUCUUUCGGAACAACUACCGAGGAGGUGACAAAAUAUGGCAAAGCGGUUGCAAGGGGCCUCAAAGACGGUGGUCUUAUUACUGUCGGUAAACACUUUCCGGGCAUUGGAAACGCAUCUGUGGACUCUCUACUUGAGGUCCCAAUGAUGACAGACUCAUUGGAUCAAAUCAGAGGAUUCAAUUCGGUGCCUUUCGCCCAACUUAUCAAUGAAGGACUUAUAGAUGGAAUCUCUGCUGCUGGCUGUGGAGUUCCAACUAUAUCGCCUGACGAGACUCAUGCUUGCCUACUGCCUAUCCUCAUCAAUCAACUACUUCGACAGGAAAUCGGUUUCAAAGGAUUUGUCAUCAGUGAAUGCUUGGAGAUGGACGCUUUAUAUCAUUCUAUUGGGCUAGGUCAAGGUGUCAUGUUGGCAAUGAUAGCGGGUUGUGAUUUGGUCAUGGUCUGUCACGAUUUCGAGCUUCAAAUAGAAGCAAUCGAGUCCAUUUCCACAGCCCUCAAAAAUGGCACGGUUGAAGAGCAUAUAAUCUCGGCCUCGUUGGCCCGUAUUGAGAACGUGCAAAAGCGUCUCCCUCAAUGGCAGGAUAUUUUUCCCGACGGCAACGCCUUUGAACCUACAUUAUUUGGUCUCGCCUAUCCGGAAGCCUGGAAGCAGCACAAGAGUCUUUCAGAAACAGCGUAUAGGCGCUCAAUAACUCUUAUUAGAGAUUAUGAGGGUGUCUUGCCGUUAACGCAGUUCCUUGAUGACAAGGAAAAUAACAAUAUUUUAAUUUUAUCACCUCUUUUGAAUCCAAUUUAUCCACAACUGGAAGGUACUGCUAAAACGAAUUUAUACCCUGGAGAAGCUGUGUUUCAAAAGUUUGGAGAAGAGCUUGCAAACAGCUCAGAAGUUGAGAACACUCAUGUACUUCACACCACCUACACAGCUAAUGGUCUUACCAACCUUCAUGAAUCACUCAUAGAGAACUCAAAAGCUGUGAUAGUGUUUACAUCUGAGGCUUCUAGGAACAUGUAUCAAAUAGGGAUUGUGAAAUACAUCUCUAUACUAUGUGGUGCAUCCCCGCUGUCACUUUCGCUGCUGUCAGGUCGGGCUCACUUGUCGAAACCGCUAAUAAUCGUGGCCACGCUGUCACCUUAUGACUUUUAUUACAAUAAAAGUAUUGGAUCAGCGUACCUUUGUUGUUAUGAUUACACUGAAAAUGUUCUCAAGGAGCUUGUUGGCGCUCUAGUGGGAUCCUAUACACCGCAGGGAUGCAUACCUGGUGAGAAAAAGUUUGUUGUUGAUAGAAGCAAAAGAAGGAAGAUCUCACUAAGUCCUGGCAAACUGCCUGAUAAGACUCGAAGAUCUCAACCCCCCAAACGAAAAUGGCUCGUGGAUGAUUUCGAUUGCCAUAGAGACUGGAGGGGGCUUUUAAAACUUUUUAAGAGCAAUCAGACAAACUUCAGCGAAUCUUCAUUUCGACUUCUAGUCUCAUUCUUACACACGUAUGCAAGCACACAACGACAUUUUGUGAUCAGAAACUCGAGCUUGAAUAUCAUAUACGGAGUCAUAAUCACUUGGGUACAAGAUUUGGGUUCUAAGGCGAAUCCCGAUGAAGAAAAAGUAGGCUCAAUCGUGUAUUUGUUGGUGGAUAAGACAAAACGUAUGCAACUGAUUGGCAAGAAUCUUCAUCUUCGUGCAAUGCGCUAUCUACUUAAGGAGAAAAAUUGUUCAACAGUCAGCUUAGGCUGCCUGUUCCCCUUGGCAGUAUUCUUGGAGCAAGGCUUUGAGGAUCGUAACCUGUCGUUUCUUCACAACGUUGGUUGGGAUGUAACAGAGGCAUCGAAGCUGUGGCCAGCCCACAUUGUGGUACUCAAGGAGCUUGCAUCUUGGUCGGUUCCACAGAAAAUUUUCCGUGAAUUGAUGAUCGUUGGUGUGCGUUUUGAUAUUUGUCUGCAAAUGGACAAAUUAGAAGCAUUGGUAGGCCGGACGACGCAAAAUAACGAGAUACUUCUGCCCGAGUCGUCAUCCAGCUCUAAUACUCCCGAUGAAAGUCCAUCAGUGACUGACAUACAAACUCAUAAUAGGUGGAUUCGAGAAUUGUACCGCGAGGCAAUGAGUCACUAUGAUAACAAUUCUGCUCUUGAAGCUAAAAUCAUCAUCGCACUUGAACCCAGCAACCAGAAUGUUAUUGGGAGCAUUAUACUCUUCACCAACAAAAGCAAUCUCGCCAAAUACUAUCCUUUCAUCGAGGAGGCUUGCCUCGGGACCGGCAGCUACAAGAAGGAGGCAUUGGUUGGGGGAAUCGUAGGGCCAGUGAUCGACCCUAGUUAUUCCAACCUCACUGAGAUUUUCAAGUUUGGUUUGAUAUGCUCAGCGGUGACGUACUUGAAAUCCAACUACUGUGACAUCAACUCUUCGAAUGGGAUGAGCUCAUGCAUGAUGGUGGAGGUCAUGGACGGUAAAUCCUUCAAUGGUAUUAAAGCAAUUGGGUUUGAGCCAUGGAAGAUGUAUCACAAAUACUACGAUAGGCAUCGUGGCGAAGAGGUGAACCUAGGGGAUGCUACCUGA